AUGCAAGGAGUUUAUAAUGGAUUUUCCACGAAAAUGAGCGAAGCAGCAGUUGAACAAGUACAUGUAUGGUGUUAUGCACAUGUAUUAAAUUUAGUUAUUAGUGAUAUUACAAGCAAAAUUGUCCAAUCUAUUUCUUUGUUUGGUAUCUUGCAAGGAUGUGCGGUAUUUAUACGUGAGUCAUAUAAACGUAUGGACAUAUGGACAACCAAAAAUUCCAAAAAAAAAAUAUGUACAAUCGGCGAAACAAGAUGGUGGUCCAAAGAUGCAGCAUUGACAAAGGUUUUUGGACAAUUUAAUGAACCCGAAAAUGGAUUGUAUGUUGAUCUCAUAACUACAUUAGAUGAAAUUGAAAACAAUUUAGGUAUAACUCCAGAUGCUCGAUUCAAGGCAAAAAAUUUAAAAGAAGGUUUGUUAAAAUAUGAAACUAUUUUAACUGCCCAAAUGUACUUGCGAAUUUUUAAAAAAACCACUCCUCUAUCAAAAUAUUUACAAGGGCAUGGAGUUAAUAUAAUUGCAGCUUAUCAAAUGGUGAAACAAACUUUGAAUGAUUUACAAGACUGUGCCCGCCAAUUUCAAUGUAUAAAAGAAGCAGCCAAUACUUUUGUUGAAUAUACCAAUAAAAAAUUUGAUGAAAUGGAGAAUAAUACUUUAGAAAUUCUAAAUGAGUUACCUCAUAUUAGAGUAAGAAAAAAAAAAAGACAAUUUACUGACUAUGAAUCAAUAGAUGAUCCUAUUACAGAUCCAUUACGGGCAUUUGAAAUCAAUGUUUAUAACCAAGUAUUUGAUACUGUUAUUGAAAGUAUUUCAUCAAGAUUUGAAAAACAUGAACAACUAUGUGCAGAUUUUUCUUGUCUUGACCCAAACAAUUUUCAACUAGAUUUACCACUUCCAACAAAUGCUUUAAUAAAAAUAUAUGAAAAAAUCAGAAAUUUUAUUCCGGACAUAACUUACGAUGAUCUUAGAAAUGAAUAUGUUGACUUUACAUCUAAAUGGAGAGAAUUGAAAAAAACCAUUGCUUGUGUGUAUGAUGAACUAAAUAAUCAAGUUACUGAUGAUGGUGAUGAUUCAGAAAAUGGACUCAAGAGUGAUGAUGAUAUUAUAGUAUGUGUGCACAGUGCCAGUACCAAGUAUUGUGUAACCUGCUGUUAUGAAGUGUUGGUGAAAUAUAAUUUAUACGCAAAUACAUAUCGUGGCCUCCACUUUGCAUAUAAAUUUAUGCUUACUUUAUCCAUUACACAAGUAGAAUGUGAACGUACAUUUUCGAAAUUAAAAUUUGUAAAAAAUUAUUUAAGAAAUACAAUAGGUCAGAAUGUAUUAGAGAGUAUGUUGCUAAUGAAUGUAGAAAAAGAUAUUCUCAACAAAAUUGAUUCCGAAGACAUCAUAAAUAAAUUAGGAGCUAGAAGCCCAGUAUUUGGUAGAAUGUUACUAUGUUAA